AUACGGAACGAGAAAAGAUUAAGCGCAAAAGAUAGUACUAGAGAAAAAGAGCGAGGGUGUGUGAGGGGGAGGGAACGGAGGUAGCAGAACACAGUCUAAACUGAUUUCCUGUAUCUCACAAUAGUUUUUGCCAAGUUGUCAAUAGCUGCGCCUUGCCGAGGUUUUUUCAAGAAAAAUGCAAGCUAUUAAAUGUGUGGUGGUUGGAGAUGGUGCUGUGGGGAAAACCUGCCUGCUCAUCAGCUAUACCACCAAUGCUUUCCCAGGAGAGUACAUCCCCACUGUAUUUGACAACUACUCUGCCAAUGUUAUGGUGGACAGCAAGCCAGUGAACCUGGGACUAUGGGAUACAGCAGGACAGGAGGACUAUGACAGACUGAGGCCCCUAUCCUACCCACAGACAGACGUGUUUCUCAUCUGUUUUUCCCUGGUCAGUCCAGCCUCGUUUGAGAACGUCAGAGCCAAGUGGUACCCAGAGGUGCGGCAUCACUGCCCUUCCACGCCCAUCAUCCUGGUUGGCACCAAGCUGGAUCUGAGAGACGAGAAGGACACCAUCGAAAAGCUCAAGGAGAAGAAGCUUGCGCCCAUUACUUACCCACAAGGCCUUGCACUGGCCAAAGAGAUCGAUUCGGUGAAGUACCUGGAGUGUUCUGCCCUGACCCAGCGCGGGUUAAAGACGGUGUUUGAUGAGGCCAUUCGUGCUGUGCUUUGCCCUCAGCCUACCAAGAUCAAGAAGAAAGGCUGCCUGCUGCUCUGAGGAACCACUGAGUGGAGUGGGAUGAACAACAGAUGUAGAGGAAGAUGAGGGAUGGAGACAAAGAGAUAGAGAGAGAGAGAUAGAAUUUGGAACAGGAAAAUGGGGAAUGGGCAGGCAGAGGGAAAGAAAGAGAUAAGAAACAGGUAAAAGCAAAGGUACUUAUUUUUGCACGGUAUAUUUAGCUUCAGAACCUUUUCCUUUAAAUUUACUGAUUUACGUUUAAGAGUCAGAGAGCCUUGUCACUGUAUUCAUAUUUGUUAUUGUCUGCAUUGAACUCAAUAUUACCAGGUCUCAUGUUACAGUUUUAUCAUCAAUCUCGGAUGUGUCCACAAUGUCAUAUCAUCACAAAGAAGAGCCUUGUGCCUCAUGUUUUUUUUUUUUUUUUUUUUUU